AUGCUCGGCUUGGAACAGCUGCUGCGCCGCUCCGAAUAUCUACUUCAACCCUCCCACCAAAUCACGACAGCGACACGUUCCUUUCUCCUCGCGUGUACCUGCUACUCUUCUUUUCGCCAUCUAGACACCAUUUGGUACUUACUCUAUUUUGAAAUACGAUUAAAAAUGCCUCUCUUUGAUCUGAAAAAGAACCUCAUCUUUUACGGCGCAUACCACCGCGAACCAACUAAUGUCGCUAUCCACAUUGCAUGCGUGCCGCUCCUUCUGGGCACCGGCUUCGUCCUGGGAACAAACACGCCAUCCCUCCGAACCCCAGCUCUUCUAUCAAAAGUCGGGCUCCCACUCAACCUCGCCACUCUAGCCUCCAUGACAUACACAUCGCUAUACCUAGCGCUCUCGCCCAACGCCGCGGGCGCCGCCGUAGCCCCCGUCAUCCUCUCAGCCGCGACGCUGGCGAACCGCCUCCCGACCCUCUUCUCGCGGACCAAGAUCAAUGCCGUGGCCGGCGCGGUACAUGUCGUGAGUUGGAUCCUGCAGUUUGUAGGGCACGGCAAGUUUGAGGGCAGGAAGCCUGCGCUCAUGGAUAAUUUGGUGCAGGCGCUGUUUUUGGCGCCCUUGUUUGUGUGGUAUGAGGUUCUUUUCAAGCUGGGGUUUUAUAAGGAUUUGCAGAGGGAGGUGCAUGUUGGGAUUGAGGAGGAGGUGAAGAAGUUGGAGAAGGGGAAGGGGAAGGGACAGUAG